CCUCCAUUUUGUGAACAAUCGCAGGAAACUCAGCGUCUCCUUAGUGAACCGGCCCCUGGGAUUAGUGCCUCGCCGUCAGAAGAUAAUAUGCGAUAUUUUAACGUGAUGAUCCUUGGCCCGACCCAGUCACCCUAUGAAGGAGGAGUUUUCAAGUUGGAGCUAUUUUUACCCGAAGAAUAUCCUAUGGCUGCUCCCAAGGUUCGAUUUCUCACAAAGAUUUAUCACCCGAAUAUUGAUAAGCUUGGGAGGAUAUGCCUUGAUAUUCUGAAAGACAAAUGGAGUCCAGCUCUACAGAUACGAACUGUACUUUUGAGGUAUUAUAAUGUUAGGUGUGAUUUUUCAGUGACUGCAUAUUAAAUUUGAACAUUUUGC